AUGGCUAACACUGAUGAAUUAUUGAAGCAACUAACACAGCUGGCAUUUACAACAAAUCAACGGCUGGAACUUUUGGAAGAAGCAUUUCGCCAACAUCAAGGCCCAUCAGCAACUACAGCGUCCAAUGGACCUGAUAACGUUGAAUUUUUAAUGGAAACAUUGGCGAAAGCUCCUAUCGUAGUCGUAAAGAAGUCAAAUGGGAAAUUACGAAUAUGUGCUGAUUAUUCAACAGGACUGAAUGAUGCACUGGAACCGAACAAGCACCCGUUACCCGUUCCAGAUGAUAUAUUUGCAAACUUAGCUGGAAAUUGCAUUUUCAGUGUGAUAGAUUUAUCUGAAGCAUAUUUUCAAAUUGAAGUAGAUGAAGAUUCGGGUAAAUUGCUCACUAUAAACACUCAUAGAGGACUUUAUAAGUUUAACAGAUUCCCCCUAGGAGUGAAACAAGCACCUGGAGAAUUUCAGAAAAUUAUUGAUGCAAUGAUUUCUGGACUUAAAAACACAAGUGCUUAUCUUGAUGACAUAAUGGUUGCAAUCAAAUCUGUUUCUGAGCAUAAAAAGCAAUUAAAUGAACUUUUUGGAAGGCUUCAAGAUUACGGUUUUGUCGUUCGUCCAGAAAAAUGUCAACUAUUUUUACCGAAAAUUGAAUUUUUGGGUCACAUAAUUGAUGGCAACGGUCUCCAUCCAAAUUCAAAGAAAAUUCAAGCUAUUAAGGAAAUGCCUCCCCCAAAGAACAUUUCAGAAUUGAGAUCUGUAUUGGGAGCUAUAAAUUAUUAUGGAAAAUUCGUGCCCAGACUACAGAAAAUCAGACAACCAUUAGAUAAUCUGCUUCGAAAAGAUGUUGAGUAG